GAGUAUAGUGACACUUACGGCAUCUCACUUAUUAAUAACAAACAAUAGGUUUAAUAAUAAAUCUAUAUGAAUGAAUAUUAUUAUUAUUUUAUAUAUGCACACAUACUUGAAACCUAACACACAAUCCGAUUCUCCAUAGUGAAACGCAUCUAUCCAAUUUCAUGCUUAUGCUUAGCUCUCUCUCCUCCUCCGCUUUCCUCUCCCAUUCAACAAAUGAAUUGAAGAUCAAAAUCCUCUCUCUCUCUCUCUCUCUCUCUCUCUCUCUCUUUCUUAUAUCAAAUUAGAUUUAAAUUCCCUGCAAUCUCUCCCAAAUCAUUUUUCGUGGAUAAGGCUCGAUCGGGAAUUAGUCUCAAAUCUCAUCCUAAUCUUCGCCAACUCACCCAGAUGAAGGUCAUGAUAUGCAUCAACUAGGUCCUAGUAGUUAGUUAGUUGCUCUCUCUUUGUUUUCGCCUACAUUUCUCUCUUUUCUUCAUGGACUGCUACCUGAAGGAAGUGGAAGGCAAGAGACUCCAUGACCGCCCAGUCGAUUCUGUGAUGCAGACUAGGCGAUUGGCAUGUAGCCUGUGGAUCCCGGACCCGAUCAUAGUCGGGGCAGGUGCCUCGGGCCUUGCCACUGCUGCCUGUCUGAGGCGCCAGGGUGUCCCGAGCCUGAUCCUUGAGCGCGCCCCCUGCACGGCCGCACUGUGGCGGACAAAGGCCUAUGACCGGCUCCGGCUCCACCUUCCCAAGCACUUCUGCGAGCUCCCUCUCUUAUCGUUUCCUGACCACUUCCCAACCUACCCAACAAAGGACCAGUUCCUAGCCUAUUUAGAUGACUAUGCGAAUCAGUUUGGCCUCAGACCUGUCUUCAAUCGGACCGUGACGGGCGCAAAGUUUGAUCGGUCACUUCAGGCUUGGACGGUGAAAACUUUAAGCUCGAAGGGGGAUGAUGAGGUGGAGUACAUUACUAAAUGGUUGAUCGUGGCGAGCGGGGAGAAUGCUGAGGAGUUUGUGCCAAAGUUUGAUGGGAUGAGUGAGUUCGGGGGGAAGAUCAUCCACACGAGCUCGUACAAGAGCGGGGAAAUGUUCAAAGGAAAGAACGUGUUGAUAGUCGGCUGCGGGAACUCGGGUAUGGAAGUUUGUUUGGAUCUCUACAACUAUGGGGCUCAAGCUUCGAUUGUCGUCAGAGACUCGGUGCACGUUUUGCCUCAGGAAAUGUUGGGAAGAUCAACAUUUGGACUGUCCAUGUGGUUGCUCAAGUGGCUGUCCAUAAAGCUAGUGGAUCAAUUCCUCUUGCUAAUGUCGCUUUUCACGCUUGGGGACACGGCCAAGUAUGGAUUCGUCCGCCCAAAGCUUGGCCCUCUGCAGCUCAAGAACAUGACUGGGAAAACACCCGUGCUGGAUGUUGGGACACUGUCGAAGAUUAGAAGUGGAGAUAUCAAGGUUUAUCGCGGAAUAAAGAAGUUCACACAUGGUGCCGUGGAGUUCGUGGAUGGGAAGGUUGAGAGUUUCGAUGCAAUCAUCUUUGCUACUGGUUACAAAAGCAAUGUACCAUCUUGGUUGAAGGAUACUGAUAUGUUCUGCGAGGAUGGGUUUCCAAGGAAGCCAUUCCCAGAAGGGUGGAAAGGGAAGAGCGGCUUAUACGCUGUGGGAUUCACCAGACGUGGCCUUCUUGGGGCUUCCAUAGAUGCAAGGAGGGUUGCUGAAGACAUUGGGAAGCAAUGGAAGGCAGAAAACAAGCACGUUGAAGUACGGUCGACAUAUGGGCAACGAGAAGGAUAGUUCAAGUACUCUUCCCAUUAAGGAAAAGAGAGUGACCACGAAACAAGUUCGUCUCGAAUGGCUUUAUGUCAUCUUGUGGCGAAGUCGGGUUAGCGAUUGGGAUAUGCUGACACUGAGAAUUAAGGGAAGUUGUUUGAUACAUGAGACCUGCAUAUAUAUCCAGCAGCGUUACAGGAAAAAUUACUCUCAGCGAACAAGAGAGAAUCCGGUUUCUCCCAUGGCCACUAGUACCUAAGGGGAAAUCAACUAUGCCUUACUAUGAUAGAUCUCGGCUGCCGAUUAUUCUGCAUCCGCUGAUAAGUCCGAUAGCCGAAUGCAGCAGAGCGCGCGAAAGGCUCCAAAACAAGAGGAGGUGAAGCAAUAUCUUGGUCACUUUUGUAAAUGUUGUAAAUGAUUAUUUGUCAUUAAUUAUCUUCUCUAGUCAAUUAGGGUAGUCCAGAUUAAUGAGAUUAAGAAAGUUUGGCCUGGCAAUUAGAAUUACUUAGUAGAUGGUUUUGUAUAGAUUUUUUUUUUUGGGUAAUAGAAUUAUCUAAUUUUACUUCGUGAA